GUUCAAACUAUUCUACAUUUAGUAUGAUUUAUCCAUAUAUGGAAAUACUAAAAAAGUCAUUUGCACCUCGACCCGAUCAAGAAGAAACAAAAAAAUCUUAUCUCGAUUUAAUUUAUGGUUGCACUUUAUCUGAUGAAAAUGAUAGUUUAACUGAUAAUAGUUCUAGUUCUGUUAGUGAUAAUAAUAAUAUACCAAGUGGUGGAGCUCGCAAAUAUUGGCAAUAUGCCCAUAGACAAUUCCGUCAGCAUAUAAAAAGAGGAAGAAGAAAAAAACGAAUAGGACAAACCAAUAAUUCUGAUAAUAAUAAAAUUGAAUACUUGCCUGCUAUUAAUCCAGAUGGUUUAUUACUAAAGAUUCGCGCUGCUAUUUUUUUGUCUUUGGAUGAGCUUUGGACUGUACCUUCAGAUUUGGCUUUAAUUGCAUCUAUUCUUGAUCCACGAUUCAAAACCUUCCAAUGGGCACCUGAACAAUUAGGAUAUGCAAAAAAAUUACUUGAAAAUUCUUAUAUUGAGAUGAAAACAGCUAAUGAUUUAUUGAAUUUAAAUAAUUUUUCAAAUGAAACAGUAAAGAAAAAAAAUGAAACGGUAAAAAGUUCAACAAUUCAUGAUGAUGAUGAUGAAUUUUUUAGUCAAUUAAAAACAAUACCUCGACAAGCAUUAGAUUUAAUUGAAUUAGAUGAAAUAACACGUUACUUAGCUUUGGAUA